GGCCAGGACUUGAAUACACACGCCCUGGGAGAAUUUCUCGAAAGGCGAUGUUGUGAAAAGUGUGCAAACAAGCCGUGUGCCACGCUUGGAAUAUACAUAUACACAUAUAUAUAUAUCAUAUAUACGUGCAUACGCACGUACGUAUAUAUCGUGGCCGUUUGUGGAAGUCGGAAGUCGAAGGAAUUACCACCACUGUGACCCUCUGACAAAGAGGGGGAAAAAGUUUGGAAGCGGAGCGUCGGAACGGAAGUGGAGGAGGAGUUGAACGCGGUUAGGAUGGUUCGAGGGUGAAAUUGAAUCAAGAGACGUUCAUCAGUAUGCUGUGGAUAUUGAUCGCUGUGACGUGCAUCGAGCUAUCGACCAUUGCCAACGCACAGUCGAGAAAAACUACCGCUACGUCUAUGCGAGAGGAUGCGAACAACAACACCGAGCCGGAUCAUCCGAUACCCAUGGAGUCGAUACAGGGAGUGGCAGGACAGAGGGCAACUUUGCCUUGUAAUAUACAACCCCGUGAGCCGAACGAUGCCGUCUCCAUGGUGCUCUGGUUCAAAGAGGACAGCGGCGAACCUCUCUACAGCUACGACGCGAGGAAUCGACAGUUCGGCAAGGCGAAACUGUGGAGCGCCUCCCACUUUUGGGGGGACAGGGCAACGUUCAAAGCCAGUCAACCAGCCCAGCUGACGAUUCGAGACCUGCGGGAAACCGACCAAGGUGUUUACAGAUGCAGAGUCGAUUUUCGCAACUCGCCGACCAGGAACCUCAAGGUCAACUUCACCGUCAUCGUGCCACCGGCCAAGCCGAUCAUUUACGACGCGAAAAGGAGAGAUAUGAGCAAACUUCUCGAGGCCUAUCCAGAAGGAGCGGAUCUGUUUCUCGUGUGCGAGGUUCAUGGAGGUAAACCUAGGCCCCGGGUCACGUGGCUGCUGGAGUCGCAGACAAUCGAUGCGCCGUCGGAGAUUCGGGAGAGCCAAGGGCCAGGAGGCGAAGCCAACGUCGUGACCAUAAGCAACGUGACGCUGAAGGGUCUCACGAGGAGUCACUACCACGCCAAAUUGUUGUGCAAGGCGAACAAUACUCAUUUAGCGCCGCCCCCCACCACUGCCGUCGUCAUCGAGCUUCACAUGAAACCAUUGAAAGUUGAAAUUACGAAAAGGGACGAGAUUCUCUUGGCGGGGAAGAAAUACGAAACUAGAUGUCAGAGCACGGGAUCGAAGCCGCCUGCCGUUUUAACCUGGUGGAAGGCCUCCAAGCAGCUCAAGAGGACGAUCAGAAACUUUCAGGAAGACGGAACAAGCGUGAGCGUGUUGCAAUGGACACCGUCGAUCGAAGACGAGGGGAAAUUUCUGGUGUGCAGGGCGACCAAUCCGAAGCUGCAGGACACGGGUAUCGAGGAACGAUGGAAGCUAAAAGUGCAUUUUGUUCCUGUCGUCACUCUGAAAAUGGGCACAUCGUUGAAUCCAAAGAACAUCAAGGAAGGGGACGACGUUUACUUCGAGUGCAACGUUAGGGCGAAUCCUAGGGCUUACAGAUUGACAUGGUUUCACGAGGAGGAAGAGCUCCAUUACAACGUGACCGCAGGCAUAGUGCUUUCGGACCACUCUCUGGUGCUUCAAAGUAUAACUCGAGAAUCCGCUGGAAAAUAUAGCUGCACGGCCGUCAAUGUCGAGGGUCGAGCCAGUUCCAACGUAGUGAACCUCGAGGUUAUGUUCGCUCCUGUUUGCAAGCACGUGUUAAAUUCGGCCGGAUGGAGGUAUCAAAACGCGACACCGCCACCGUUCAACGUACCCGAGGAGAUUCACGGCGCGUUGAAGCACGAAACGAUCGGUCUUGUUUGCGAGGUGGAGGCGAACCCGGCCACGGUCACCUUCCAUUGGACGUUCAACAGCAGCGGUGACCUUGCCGACAUUCCGUCCGCCAAAUAUUCGAACGAAGGCACUUCGAGCAGGCUCAAUUACACCCCCUCUUCCGACCAGGAUUACGGGACGCUGGCCUGUUGGGCGAGUAACGCGGUUGGCCCCUCGAAACAGCCCUGCCUCUACCAAGUGAUCGCAGCAGGCAGGCCGUACCCGUUGCAGAAUUGCACGGCGCACAAUCAGAGCGGCUCUUGGAUCCGGAUAUCAUGCGUAGAGGGAUACGACGGGGGUCUGCCGCAAAAAUUCGUCGCGAUCGUCGACAAGCAAAGGUUGGAAUCGUCGAAUCCGUAUUGGGAGUUGGAGCUUCGAAAGCCGGCAACGGUCGCCCUAUACGCGGUCAACAUGAAGGGAUCGAGCGAUCCGGUUAUCAUGGAAGGGGAGGCGUUAAAAGGAGUGGCCAAGUUCACCGGGGAAUCGGGAUCCUCGGUGGACAUGUCACCGAUCCUGAUCGGGCUGGGCGGAACCGCGACUGGACUAGGCUUGAUCGUGACCGGUGUAUUAAUGGCACUUUGGAGGAAACACGCGGCAACACCGGCGAAAGCGAAACCGCCUCAACAGCCGAGCAUCGCGACAUUCGCCGGCAAGGGUGAAGAGGAAGACGGGAAUCCUGACCUCAUACCCACCACGGCUUUGACCAAUCAUCUCACAGAUAGGAAGCUUUUACAUUACGGUUCCCUACCACGAAGGCCGCGUCAACUCGAAGGGCGGGAAAUGGCUCAUAAUGUCGUAGAAGAUUCGGAUUAUCCUCGAGCAUCGCCAAACACAUUUUAUAGCCUGCAGAGGCCGCAUCGAUAUUCGGAAACGGUAAUCCGAAGUUCCGUGAUUCAGGAGAGCUGCAUUUAAGAAAUCGAGAAAGGGAGAGGGGAGAGUGGUGUUGAGCGAGGGACGGAAGAGGAAGUCGAAGAUUUACAUACACUCCCCGUAGAGUUGCGUUCAACAACGCAACACGUGAAAAUCAAAAAAGACUAAAGCCAUGCUUAUGCAAUAUUGUACACGUUCAAGCGUACGAAGAUAUUUAGCAAGUCGAUAACAAUAUGCCUUUGUAAAUAUUGUAUAUAAAUAAAACACAUCGAUUCGUGUUUAUGCGUUUGUAUCAUGAGAUUUUUCCUUUAUUCGAUAUAACCUGGUCUUGGGAAAACAUUUUUGUACAAUUCAAUUUUCGAAAACGAUCGAAAA